GCAUUCAUUGGCGCAAUAAUUUAUUUUUAGCAAAAAAAAUUUUGGUUUUUCAAAUCCGGUGAAUUUUCUUGGGUGUGGUAGGUUGUACAAGAAGCUGAGGUAUGUCAACCGGCUGCAUUAACGAUGCCAUCGUGAAGCUAAGAAACCGAUGUCCCAACCAAAAGGAAGCAGUUUUAUGAUAUGACAAUUGCAUGUUUCGAUACUCAAAUCGUUCUAUCUACGGCGAGGGAAGUGGUGCUGCCAUUUAUAUGUGGAAUUCGUACAACACCACGAAUGCCAGUGCUUUCAAUGACGCCCUUGGUACCCUGUUGGAUAGCUCGAAGACGAGAGCAGCGUCAAGCGGUUCUCGUCCCAAGUUUGCAACGGGGACAUCCGCAGUUCUGCCAUUCGACACAAUUUAUGCACUUGCACAAUGCACUCCUGACUUAUCCCAGCUGCAAUGCACCUCUUGUUUGGAUGAUUCUAUUACACACAUUCCGAUUUGUUGUAAUGGAAAACGAGGAGGCAGAGUGGUUGGACGAAGCUGCAAUUUAAGGUUUGAGAUCCAUUUAGGGAUGGCAACGAGUCUCCACAGGGGCGGAGACCCCCUUCCCAUCCCCAUCUUCACCAAUGAUAGGUACGAGGAUCCCCACGGGGAUUUUUGGUAGAAGAUCAAAAAUAGCCUCCAUCCCCAUACUUGUGGAGAAUGAUAGGUCCCGCGAGUAUUUGGAGUCCCCACCAAAUAAAAUUAUCACAUGCUCUACUUCUUUUUAAUCAAAAUUUUCAUUGCUU